ACGCGUCCUGCUGCCUCGGACUCUGCUGCCCUCUCUCUGGCUCAAUUGCUGUCUAUGAGCUGACCUGGCUAGUCGCUUUGGUUGCUCAUCCUCAUCUGCUGCUGUGCUUCGCGCAAUCGUCAUUGACGCUCCCGCUACCCCGCAAUCCUGAAGUUACGACCCGCGGUACCCCCGCACUAACGAUAUACCACCAUGGCGACCAAUAUGCGAGGGCUGACGCAGUUCAUCGCGGACAUCCGCGGUGCGCGCGUCCGCGAACUCGAAGAGAAGCGGAUUAACAAGGAGAUGGCCAACAUACGGAAACGGUUCAAGGACGGUAACUUGGACGGAUAUCAGAAGAAGAAGUAUGUUGCGAAGGUCAUCUUCACAUAUAUCCUGGGAUACAAGGUGGACGUAGGCCACAUGGAGGCUGUCAACUUGAUAUCAAGUUCAAAGUACAGCGAGAAGCAGAUCGGCUACCUCGCUGUGACGCUACUCAUGCACGAGAACUCCGAUUUCUUGCGGCUUGUGGUCAACUCCAUCCGGAAAGACCUCAAUGAUAACAACGAAAUCCAUAACUGUUUGGCACUACAUGCCAUCGCCAACGUCGGUAGCCAGGAAAUGGCGGAGGCACUUGCUGAAGACGUCCACCGUCUAUUGAUUUCUCCUACAUCAGGGACCUUCGUGAGGAAGAAGGCGGCACUGACACUGCUGAGGCUAUAUCGGAAACACCCCGAUGUCAUUCCUGCACAGGAAUGGGCCCUCCGCAUAGUGUCGAUAAUGGAUGACCCAGACCUCGGAGUAGUACUUUGCGUCACUAGUUUGAUCUUGGCUCUGGCUCAAGAUCAUCUGGAGGCAUUUACCAUCUGUUACCAGAAGGCCGUCGACCGGCUCAACCGCCUCGUGGUCGAGCAUGAAUACGCAGCAACGUACUCCUAUUACAAGGUACCUAUACCCUGGCUGCAAGUCAAACUCCUCCGACUACUACAGUAUUACCCACCUUCCGAUGACCCGACGUUGCAAGUCAUGCUGCAAGAGGUCUUGCAAACAGUCAUGAACAACUGCAAUGAACCCUCACGGAAUGUACAACACAAUAACGCUCAACACGCCGUCCUUUUCGAAGCGAUUAAUCUCGCCAUUCAUCUGGACACGAACUCGCCUCUUGUGAACACUGCCGCUGUACUACUCGCGAGAUUCAUUAGCUCCAAGGAGACGAACGUCCGAUACCUCGGUCUCGACACCAUGGCACAUCUGGCGGCGCGAACAGAGAACCUCAGUGCUAUCAAGGCUCACCAGGGCACGAUCAUCCUGUCCCUCCGUGACAAGGAUAUUUCCGUGCGGCGGCGAGCCCUGGACCUCCUUUACAGCAUGUGCGAGGUCGACAACUCGGAGCUCAUCGUAGGCGAGCUUCUCCGGUAUCUGAAGGUCGCAGACUACGGUCUCCGAGAAGAGAUGGUCCUAAAGAUCGCCAUCUUGACCGAGAAGUACGCGGGCACCUACAAGUGGUAUGUCGACACGAUCUUGGAGCUGCUCAGCGCGGCUGGCGACCACGUCGGCGAGGAGGUGUGGUAUCGCGUCGUCCAGAUCGUCACGAACACGGAGGAUCUGCAGGCGUAUGCGGCGAAGGUCGUCUUCGAGUAUCUCAAGUCGCCAUCGUCGCAUGAGAGCUUGGUGAAAGUGGGCGGUUACAUUCUCGGAGAAUACGGACACCUCAUUGCGAACGAGUCAGGGUACAGUCCCAUCGAGCAGUUCCAGGUACUCCACGCCAAAUCGCAGUUCUGCAUGGCCCCUACACGAGCAAUGCUCCUAUCAACGUACAUCAAGUGGGUGAACGUCUUCCCCGAGAUCAAGGCCCAGCUUGUGAACGUCUUCGAGCGCUACCGGCACGUCCUGGACGUCGACCUGCAGCAGCGCGCCUGCGAAUUCUACGCGAUCGCGCAACGGCCAGACGAGGACGACCUGCUCCAAAAUGUCUGCGAGGAGAUCCCUCCAUUCCCUCCACGUGAGAGCGCACUCAUCAACCGCCUUAACAAGAAGCAGCCGCACGCCGCCGGCACCUUGGAGCGCCAGCCCUCCAAGCUAACACGCAAGCCUACGCUGCUAGACACAAACGGACACGCAUCCAACUCCAACGGCGACGUCUCUCAAGACAUCGCCAGCUCGCUUGCGGGCCUCGAUCUCACCUCCUCCCCCGUCGCCAUCUCCCCCUCUGCCGACCCGUCCGCCAUGCUCGUCGCCAAGGGCAUCCCGCGCCUCACCGCCGGCGCCAACGUCGACCGCUGGUUCGACAAGCUCGUCUUCGCCGCCGACGGCGUGCUCUACGAGGACGUGCAGAUCCAGGUCGGCAUCAAGUCGCGCUACCAGGGCACCGUCGGGCAGGUCGCGAUCUACAUCGGGAACAAGAUCUCCGCCCCACUCACGUCCUUCACCACCUCGCUGCACACGGACGACGCGGACGCGCUCUCGGCCUCGUUCGUGAAGAUCGCGCCCAGCACGCUCGCGCCGCGCACGCAGAUCCAGCAGAUCGUGCAGGUCGAGUGCAAGCGCGUGUUCCGCGCGCCGCCCGUGCUCGUCGUCUCCUUCCUCGCGGGCUCGCAGCAGGCGAUCGCGGUGCGCCUGCCCAUCGUCGUCACGAAGUUCCUCGAGGGCGUCAAGCUCGGGGCUGCGGACUUCUUCGAGCGCUGGAAGCUCAUUGGGGGCCCGCCGCGCGAGGCGCAGAGCAUCUUCCCCAUCGCGCUCGACGCGACGGGCCAUGUCGACACCGCGCGGCAGCGCGAGGUCGUCGCGGGCUUCGGGUUCCAGAUUCUGGACGGCAUCGACCCGAACCCGACGAACAUCGUCGCCGCGGGCAUCGUGCACACCGGGGCGGACGGGAAGGUCGGGUGCUUGCUGCGGUUGGAACCGAACAGGGAGGCAAAGCUGUCUCGCAUCACGAUACGCAGUACGUCGGAGGAGGUCGCGGUGGAGGCACAGAAGCUCCUGCAGAAGCCGCUUGCGGCAGAUGCGGCGUUGGCGGAGAAACGCACGCUCUGAUCGCCCGAUUCCGUGUUUUGUGUGUACCAUGGACUGUAUCUAUCGGAUGUAUACGAAGUACAAGACAGCGAC